UAGCAGCCGCAGGACACAGCAAGAGUCAGAAGGUGCAUGUGAUGGGUUCCCAGGGAUCUGCCACCUCACUGCUUUUAGGAUGGAAGCCGAAGGGUGGAAGAUCACGAGCAAAAGGUGAAAAGCAAGUGGUGGCAGAAGCAGGACCUGACAGUCACAUGGGUUCCCUCUAUUUUAGAAGAUCCCUACUGAAAGGAUCCAGAAGCCGUGAAUGGGUCAACUGUGUGGACGAUGCAUGCAGCUGCUGCGGGACUUUGUGGCCUUUGUUCAGAGGAUGUCGUCCGACUUGGUGCAGAGCAUCAAGGAAUGCGUAACUCUGAUAAGCAAAUGCUCCUGCUUAAAACAAAACAGCUCUAAAGCCAGACAGCUGUACAAGCCUAUCCUGCAGCCUCAUGAGAGGGUGACAGCACAGGAGUUUCUGCAGCAUAUUGAAACAGGUUUUGAAAUGUCACCACUUGGAAAGGACCCUCUGGAAGCCUUGAGGACCUUAGCCUUUUCAGAAAACCCAGGUUUACAGCAGUCUGCUGCCCUCUAUUACUUGCACGUGAGUCAGCACAUGAAUGUCCCCCUACCUGUGGAGCAUCUGGAACCCUUCUAUGCCUUACUACGGUCUGCUGACCUGGAGGUGCAGCAGAUGUCUUCCUUGUCCCUUGUCAACUUCUUGCUGGAAGGAAAUACUGACAAAGAAUUAGUUGUCCAAAUGGGAUUACUUGAGCCAAUUCUGGAUCUGCUUGAGUCAGAGGAUCCCACUGUCCAGUGUAAUUCCUGUGCCUGCGCCAUGACUUUGGCCGUUUCAGAGUCCAACCGAGAGGCUAUUGGCGCUGCUCAAGGAGUUACACCCCUACUGUCUCUUGCCAAUUCCUACGAUCCUAGAGUCCAACAAAAUGCAGUUGGUGCUAUUCUCAACCUCACACAAUCAGAGAAAAUCCAACAGGUCCUAUGCAAGGAAGGAGCCCUACCAGUUCUUGCCUUGCUGCUGGAAUCUCCUGACUCAGAAGUGCAGUAUUACAGCUGUGCUGCCCUAAGCAACAUGGCAGCCAACAUUCAGCACCACGAAGCCAUGCUGAGAUCUGUGGACAAGGUUUCAAGCCAGGCAUGUGUUUGCCUAAGAAAUUUGGCUACCAGUGCGGACAUCCAGGCUGAGAUGGUUGCUGAGGACGUCCUGCCCAAGCUGCGCUCUCUCCUGGCAUCUGGCAGCGAGGAUGUGCGUCGCGCCUCCAUCGCUCUGCUCUGGAUACUGUCCCAGCACCCGCACAACCAGGACACUCUGGCAUGUGCCGAGCUACUACAGAGCCUGGGGAUGCUACUGUCAGCGCAUAAAACAGACCCUGUGAUUGUUGGUCAUACUGCUUGUAUCAUCAAAAACCUGAGCCUUUCCAAAAACAGACAGAGAAUCAUUGAGAGCCUAUGUGUUGAAGGUCUCCUCCAGACCAUGCUUUCUACUGACAUUCAGGAAGACUGUCUUCAUUGCGUGACAUCUUGCCUUGCUGAGCUGGCAAAGCAAGAAGGAGCCACGUUAUGCAUGGUCCAACGGAUGGAUGAACCCUUGACAAAGUGCUUGGUGAGGCUGGCUGGUCAACUGGAACAUACUGAGGCAUCCUUUCAAGCUGCCUCCAUCAUCCAGCACAUGACAGGUCACGAAAAAAUGAUGCUUUUGGUGAAGCGUCACAUUGGAGAGAUUCAGGCCUACCUCAAGAAUUUUCUUACCCACCAAGAGAUCCGCUUUCAGCAGCUGGGCAUCUCUACGUUCUGCAGACUGCGGGAAGAUCCAGAAUUUUCAUUAGCGUUCAGAAAAAGCCAAAUGGCCAAACUCCUUGAGCAAGUCCGUCAGCAAACAGAAGAAACUCAGGAGCUCCUUAGGGCAGCUAUUUGCCACGAAGCCAGUUAAUGUUUAAGCCGGAUGGCUUAUGAAAACUUACCAGAUCCAAGAGCCUGACCCUUCAGAGAAGGCAACUCUUUUCAUUGGUUCCUGUCGUUAAAGCUUCCCUGCGACCUGCAGUUUCAUCACGUAAGAGAGAUGUUCCGGUAACAAGAAUUGGAGCAGGUCAAAAGACAAUCCCUUGAACGCUUUGGCUGGCUGCUUGAGCGUGCUUGGGGACUACGGCUACAUUCCUCCCAACAGUUUGGAAAACACCUGUUAUGCUUGGGUAAUCUUCCAUGGUGUGUUCCUGGCUUCCUCAACGCCCCCUCCAAAAAACCAGCGCUGUAUUCGUGAGGUUUUAUUCAUGUAACGGGCCGAUUCUACUGAAGAGGCAUCUCUCGAGUAGGCAGGUUACUCUGCGUUCAUCUUUAUUUUGUUUCUGCUCCACGUCCCUUAUUUCAGAGCACGCUCCAGGGCCUCGACUUUAGAAAAGAAUAGAAUUAACACAGUAUAAAGGUAGCACGCUACUAACAGGUUACUACAGGAAGUAACUGCUAAGGGACAACUCGGAAAUUGCAAGAAGCUGGUAAGAAACAAGAAUAGGGCAAGCCUUAAGGCUGAUCCUUGCCUACGCUGUAGGCACUGCUCUCCAGCAGAAGAGCAAAGGCACACCGAGGCAGGUAAAUGUCGCAUAGAGCAUGUUCAGAAUAUAGCGGCUACCGUGAAAGAUUUGGGCGAGAUGUGUUUGAACACAGAAAUCUGUGUUCUGCAAAUGGUAAGUUAUUUCCAAAGGUACUUGCAACAGGGGAAAAAAGUGAACAUAUUUUGCAAAAUUAGGACCUGAUCUUCUAUUUUGAUAUUGAUAUUUCAUUGUAAAAGGAUUUAAAGAAAAAAAGCAGUAACAUGUUUAAAUUCAACUGAUUUUCUUACAUGUAUACAGGAUACCGAACAACCUCCCCUUCCCU